GACGCUCUGUCGCCCCGGAACGAGAAAGCGAUAGAAACUGAAUGGCGGGAUUUGUUGUGUUUACAAACUGCUGCUAAAAGUUAAAAUCAGAAGAUUUAAAUCUUUCUGUUGGAAAAAAACCCAUUUAUGUGGAAAUAUGUGUGAAAAGAGCAAAAGGGUAAAUCGAUGGCUGGGGUCAGUUUUUGGGGAUCAGACUGUGCCCGACUUUGAAGUGAACACUCGCACAAUGGAUCUUCUUGACCAGCUUGUGCAACUCAGUGAGGCUAGGUGUGAGGAGGUCAAGCUGCUCACAGAUGACCACAAGCAAAAAGCUUCAGAGUAUCAGAGUGAUGGUGCACAUUUACAGGAUCUGCUUCUCCAAGGAGUGGGACUGCAACCAGGAAUCAUGUGCAAAUCCACCUCAGACCUGCUGUCUGUGUUAGAAGGCACUGCUGAGGCACUUAGAGUUAAAGACACCUCCAUGGGGAGCUUUGUCCCUGCAGUUAAUAAACUGACCAGUGAUCUGGCUGAGGCAGAAAAGACUGAUAGGAGACUGGGGCGAGAGCUGUCUGCUGUAAGGAAAAAAAUGGCGUCAACAAUGAUACUUCGUAAAAAACUGGACGGGGACCUGAAGAAGACCACUCAAGCCCAGCAGGUGGAAGCAGCAACAGCAGAGGAGAGGCUGCUCAAUAUGGACUUUAUGAAAAGUAAAUCCAGAGAUCUUACCUACAGGAACAAGAUAGCACAGGACAAGUUAGCCUCUAUACAGAUGGAGGAAUCUCUUACCCAUCAAUCCAUUGUGCAGCUCUCAGAGAGAAUCACAGCACUGAAGCAAGAAAUAGUCCCACUUAUGAAGAAAUUGGAGCCCUACAGUGAUCUCAGCCCUAGUCCUGCCCUGGCUCAAGUUAAAAUCGAAGAAGCAAAACGAGAGCUUGCACGCUUGGAUGCUGAAUUGGAGCAGAAGGUGGACCUGAUGAACACAUUGUCCAAAUAACCUGCUGGAAUAAAGCCACAUUACUGUCACUAAAGGAAUAGUUUGCCUAACAGCCAAAUGUUUUACCAUCACAUCAUGUUUUGCCUCUUUUUAUUUCUGUACUGGUCCUACAAGGUUAUUGUGAAAAGGAGGAGGCUUUCACUGACAAGAGCAAAUAAUACGUGUUCGCUAUAUUAGCUGAAUUUCUUUAUUUUCACGUUUUUGAACAUGUCUGUUAAAACACAUAAUAUUUUUUCUGUUUUAGUGCUACAAGGCUAAAUGUAUUAUGUAUAAAUCACCCAUUAAAGUGAAAAAUGAUCAAGACAA